CUCUCUUUUUUACUACAUUUCCUCUCUUUUUGUCUUCUCAUUUUCCAAGGAAAAGGCAUUUUCACUGACAGCUUCUUGGACAGCUCUGGAACAACGUUUUUCUGAGGAGGCAAGCUCUUGGCUGUAAUAUUUCAUUGCAGUCAUGGCCCCUAAGAAGAAGAAUGUGAAAAAGAACAAAGCAGAUAUCAAUGAAAUGACUAUAAUUGUGGAAGACGGCCCCCUCAGUAAACUAAAUGGCUUGAAUGGACUCUUCGAUGGAGGAAAUGGUUUCAGCUGCAUCUCAUCUGAAGUUUCCGACCCAUCAUAUAGCCCAAAUCUCUUGGAAGGUCUAAGCAGAAUGCGGCAAGAAAAUUUUCUUUGUGACUUGACUAUCAGUACCAAAACCAAGUCCUUCAGUGUUCACAAGGUGGUGAUGGCUUCAAGCAGUGACUAUUUUCACAACAUCUUAAAGAAAGAUCCAUCCACUCAAAGAGUAGACCUCAAUGAUGUAUCUCCAUUGGGUCUAGCUACUGUUAUCACCUAUGCUUACACAGGAAAACUUACUCUCUCACUUUAUACAAUAGGUAGUAUUAUUUCCACAGCAAUUUAUCUACAGAUUCACACCCUUGUAAAGAUGUGCUGUGAUUUUCUAAUCCAAGAAAUCAGUGUUGAGAAUUGUAUGUACGUUGCCAAUAUUGCAGAAACAUACGGACUAAAAACAACCAAGGAAGCAGCACACAAAUUUAUUAGAGACAACUUCAUUGAAUUUUCAGAAACGGAUCAGUUCUUAAAACUUACUUUUGAUCAGAUUAAUGAACUUCUCGCAGAUGAUGACUUGCAGUUGCCUUCUGAAAUUGUUGCAUUCCAGAUUGCAAUAAAAUGGCUGGAAUUUGACCAAAAAAGAGUAAAGUUUGCUGCUGAUCUCCUAGGUAACAUCCGUUUCGGUACCAUCUCAGCCCAAGACCUUGUCAAUUAUGUUCAAACUGUGCCAAGAAUGAUGCAAGAUGCAGACUGCCAUAAGCUCCUUGUGGAUGCCAUGAACUAUCAUCUGCUUCCCUACCACCAGAAUACACUUCAGUCCAGAAGAACAAGGAUCCGUGGAGGUUUCAGAGUCUUAGUUACUGUUGGGGGACGCCCUGCUCUAACAGAGAAGUCUCUUAGCAGAGACAUCUUAUACAGAGAUCCUGAAAAUGGAUGGAAGAAGCUGAGUGAAAUGCCUGCUAAAAGUUUUAAUCAGUGUGUCACGGUGAUGGAUGGAUUUCUCUAUGUGGCCGGUGGGGAAGACCAGAAUGAUGCCAGGAAUCAAGCCAAGCAUGCAGUCAGCAAUUUCUGCAGGUAUGAUCCUCGUUUCAACACCUGGAUUCACCUGGCAAACAUGAAUCAGCGGCGCACCCACUUUAGCCUGAAUGUGUUCAAUGGCCUCCUUUUUGCAGUGGGUGGUCGCAACUCUGAGGGGUGCCUCUCCUCUGUUGAAUGCUAUGUGCCUGCAACUAAUCAGUGGCAGAUGAAGGCACCCCUGGAGGUGCCCAGGUGCUGCCAUGCCAGCGCGGUGGUGGACGGUCGGAUCCUGGUCACAGGAGGUUACAUUAAUAAUGCUUACUCUCGCUCUGUGUGCAUGUAUGACCCCAGCAAAGAUAGCUGGCAGGAUAAGUCCAGCCUCAGCACCCCAAGGGGGUGGCACUGCGCAGUGUCCCUUCUGGAGAGGGUCUAUGUCAUGGGUGGGUCUCAGCUGGGGGGGCGAGCCGAAAGGGUCGAUGUUCUCCCUGUAGAGUGCUACAGUCUAAGUUACGUGGCGCCGCUUCAAACUGGAGUUAGCACGGCUGGCGCCUCCACCCUUAAUGGGAAAAUUUACUUAGUGGGUGGGUGGAAUGAAAUAGAGAAAAAAUAUAAGAAGUGCAUUCAGUGCUAUAACCCAGAUCUCAAUGAAUGGACAGAGGAAGAUGAGCUGCCUGAGGCCACUGUGGGCGUAUCCUGUUGUACGAUAUCCAUGCCCAACACCAAGACAAGGGAGUCCAGGGCCAGCUCAGUCUCUUCUGUCCCAGUCAGUAUUUAA